GAAUCCCAUUAUCGUCCAUUCCAAGAGAGAAGCAACUAAGUGCAGUACAUUAUGGAAUUCAGAAAUUGCAGAUUCAAUUCAACGGUUGAGUGUUGAUUCAUUGUACUUGUACUAGCAGCAGCAAUUUGUUUCGUGAACACUUGCAGCUUCGGUUUCUUAAUUCAUCUUCGCUAGGGUUUUUGAAGUUGACGAUGGCUUCCCCUCCUCAUUUCGACGACGACUUUGAUUUUGGAGGCGGUUUUAGCGGAACGCAAUCAGGUAAUAAGAGGCCAUCUCCCGACUAUGACGAGGAUGAAUAUGAAAAUGAUCCUUUUGGACACAAGAAGGCCAAAUCAAAAGCUGAAGAAGCGGCUUCUGGUGUGACCACAGGAAUGAUUUUGUCUCUUCGUGAAAGUCUUCAGAACUGUAAGGACAUGCUUGCUACAUGCCAAAAUGAACUUGAGGCUGCAAAAUCUGAGAUUCAGAAGUGGCAUUCUUCAUUUCAAAAUGAACCUUUUAUAUCUGCUGGGACCACUCCAGCACCGAAAUCGGUGAUUAAUUAUCUUCAAGCUCUGAAAUCAUCUGAAGAGUCUUUAAGAGAGCAGCUUGAAAAAGCAAAGAAAAAGGAAGCUGCAUUCAUUGUCACAUUUGCCAAACGGGAACAAGAGAUAGCAGAGUUGAAGUCUGCUGUACGGGACCUGAAAUCUCAAUUCAACCCAGCUUCUAUGCAGGCUAGGAGGUUGUUACUAGAUCCAGCAGUUCAUGAAGAGUUCACACGAUUGAAGAAUUUAGUUGAAGAAAAGGAUAAAAAAGUAAAGGAGUUGCAAGAUAACAUUGCUGCUGUAAACUUUACUCCCCAAAGCAAGAUGGGGAAGAUGCUGAUGGCUAAAUGUAGAACCCUACAGGAGGAAAAUGAGGAGAUUGGGAAUCAAGCUUCUGAGGGCAAGAUGCACGAAUUAGCAAUGAAACUUUCAGUGCAGAAAUACCAAAAUGCAGAACUCAGAUGUCAAUUUGAAGGGUUGCAAAAGCAUAUGGAUGGUUUGACAAAUGAUGUGGAUAGAUCCAAUGAAAUGGUGUUAAUGUUGCAAGAUAAAUUAGAAGAGAAGGAUCAGGAGAUCCAAAGACUAAAAGAUGAAUUACAACCAAAAAGCCUCGUCGUGGAGGACGAGAAAACAGAUCCAGCAUCUAAUAGGAAUUAUGAUGAAACGAUACCUACUGAAGCCGCUAAGUAGUAUAACUUUAGACUUGAGAAGUUUGAGUAAAAUAGUCAAAUUUGUCCAUGAAAAGAAUGACGGGGAUGUUUUGAUCUCUAAAAGGAAAAUGAUCAUUUCAAUCUUCAUCCCUCAAGCUUGUAAACAUAGAGCACUUUAGUCCUUUCAUCCAAUAGAUGAGUUUUGGGGGAUCGAAUCAGGUAAAGUGAAUAUUUUUAGGAAUAAGUUGUGUUUAUUCUAAAAGUUUUUGUACCGUCAA